CUCCAAAGUAUUGUUUUGUACCAUUCGAAUAUUGGAGCCACGAAAUAUAAAGAAAAAUGAAAUCUCUCAUUGGGGUUGCUUUCUUCUUGAUAGCUAUCAGCUAUGGGACAACAGAAGAAAUCCGGCAGCGAAGCCCCAAGUGCGCUGCGCGGUAUGGAUACUCUCCCAUCGAUGGCAGUUGCGACGCCUACAUAGAAUGUAUGGAUUUCGAAGCCAGACAUAUGCAGUGCCCUGAUGGACUUCAUUACGACCCUAAUGCAGUCUGGCCCGCGUACCCAUGUGGAUACCCUUCGGAAGUCCCUUGCAAAGGUCGUGGAUCUCCUCAGCCAGCAAAAGCAACAGCGGAAUGCCCUCACCAGUACGGCUUCUUCCCAUCCCCGAGGGCCACGUCGAGCGAGUGUGGGUACUACCACCGGUGCGUGGAAGGCAAGGCCUUAGAGAUGCAGUGUCCGCCCGGCCUGGCCUUCAACCCUGAGACUGCUCGCUGCGACUGGCCAGAUCUCGUGGCUUCUUGCAAUCCUGACGAAUUCCUGGGUUUUAAGUGCCCACCUCCUCAACUGGACGAAAAUAACAAACCUUUGGAUAUUGUUAUCAACUUCAAGUACGAGGGUAACUGCUUCGCGUUCUACUCGUGCAUCCACGGCAACGCUCGGCUGCUCACCUGCGACCCGGGCUUCGGCUUCGACCCCAGCUUCGGCAGCUGUAGGCCCUCGGACAAGAUCAAUUGUGAAAACCCGAGGCAUGCUCCAAUAAGUAAAGAAAUGAAAGUGAUCGCUGAACAAACUGACCCAAACAUCGCUAAUGAGACUAAAAUACUCCUUUCAAAAAAUGAAAAACUUAUUGAAAGACCGCAAAUAACAUACACCAACACUGACCUUACUACAACCGGAGUGAACACAAAAACAAAGCAAUUAUCUUCGUCGUUAUCUCCUGUUAGACCUAUUAUUAAACACUUAAAAGACACUCUUCGAACUACAACGUCGACUUAUAGUAGAAACACUAUUUCCCCACAAUUUCCAAUCUCACAUGUCUUAAGGAAACAGGAACCUUGCUCUGACCCAUCAUUGGCGGAAUGUAAACCCAAAUCACUGAAAAGACCUUCGCUACCAUACAAACCUAACAUUACCAGCAGCUGCCCUCGUUGGUACGGCCACUUCCCGCUUGACUUUACUGAAUGUUCCAAAUACAUUCGGUGUGAAUUCGGCAAACCCACCAUCAUGCCUUGCCCUGCUGGUCUAGUCUUUAAUGCCGAACUGGAAGUUUGUGACUGGCCGGUAAAUGUGCCGUCGUGCAAUCCUGAAGUGUUCAGAGGAUUUAAGUGUCCAGUAUCAGAAAUUGAUAAAAAUGGAACAGAGGAUACAAUUAUUAACUUCAGAUAUGGUCAGAGUUGCAAGAAAUAUAUAGCUUGCCAAGAUGGACGUCCACGUCUCCUUCAUUGUGAUCUUGGUCUUUCUUUCAGUCACGAAACGGGUAGUUGUAUUAGAUCAGACUUUGUGUCGGACUGUAAAAAAAGAAAAUAAAAACUCACUACAAACUAUUUUAAUAGGUAGGUACCUAUCAAGCUCACGAUAAAAUCAAAACUCAAGCCAUAUUUCGAUAUGUCGUGUGUGUGGUAGACAUUACCCUCCAUUGUAUCUAUAGGUACUACUCUUGCGCGAAGCCAUUCAAUGCUAAACAAAUGCUGAACCGCAAGAAUACUCGAGCCUGCGACAUAAUUGAAAAUAUGUUAAAAAGUAUUUUCCUGUCGCAAAAUAGCCACGCCCUAAUCAUCUCCUAAUCAUCCUCCUCAUCAUCCUUUCUAUAAAAUAUUUUCAGAAAUAUACACCGAUUGAUAAAUAACUAUUAGUAAUGUUUAUCUGUAAUUAAAAGUCAUAAAAUAUAUACAAUGUAUUAUAGUUUUUACGAUGAUAAAUCCACGGGUUAACAAAGCCGCAGUACUGCCUGUCUCCUGUUCAACUAGAGUUGCAACGAUAUAUCGGCAAACCGAUAAUAUCAAAGUUAAAAUAUCGACAUUUUUAUUGAUAUUUGCGCUAUAACGAUGCGAUAAUAUCGAUAUCAUAUCCUAAGAAAAAUAUCGAUAACUCAGGACCUUAGAUAUG